CGAGAGUCUGUGUGUUCCGCCCUCCUACUCAAUUCUCCGACUUGACUGAUCCGAGUCAAGCAAUCGAACAGCUUCUUUCUCGCCCUUCUCUUCUCAUUCACUUGUUGGUCGCAUCCUCGACAGCCGCUCAUUUUUGGCCUCCACUCGACGCAUCGAAGCGUCAGCGUCACCAAUUUCCCUUACGCAUUCCUCGAGCUGCCACCCCUCAUCACACCCCUACCACACACGCUCGCUGCCCCUCGACGGCGACCUGUAUCUUCACAAUUGCGCAAUCCGCAGCUCUGACUGCACAACACGCUGGCUGUGGUUUAUCCGUUCAAUCGCCCAUCGUUUGUCUUUGCAUGCGCCGCAAGACCCCCGCGCCUAACUCCCUCCUGGUUUGAUCGCCUCAUGUUGUGAGAGCAUCAUUGAAUCCACUCGACGAGCCAAUUCCUACCUCUAUCGUCAUUCUCCGCGACACUGACACUUUGACUGGACACCGCCCACCAUGAACCGGUUCCUCAACAAGAAGAAGGGCGAUGCGGCGUCUAGCCCGUUGUCACCGCCCACGACGAGCAGCAGCAGGUGGAAGAAGAACAAAAAAGAGGUUAUUGAAGAGAAGCCACAACUCGACCUAGGAUCUGCCUUGCCGUCAAUCGACGACUUCCGCACCAGUCUCAUUAUGCCCAACCUCUCGACCAGAUUCAGCAUGCUCAGAGAGCAAGACGACCCGCACUCGUUGCUCGGAAAGGCGUCAGAUGAUAGUGUCCUGCAGCCUCAACGCAACUCCCGUCUACUCGACUUUGGCUUCUCCAACAGCAAUCUGAACGACAUUGCCGAGGUCGCUUCGAUCAACAGCUCGAUCCGCCCACCAUUCGCUCUUGACCGGACCGGCUCAUUUGCUUCCGAGGAUGGUUACGGGACAGACAACAACUCCAACCCAGAUGGCAGCGUCAUGACCCGUGCUCGGCCGGGAGAAGGCAAUGUAUUGUUCGGUGGUCGACAGAAGGUCUACAAGAUUGCCACAGGCUCCGCAAAAAGCAUAGGAGGCCAAAGCGAGCGGGCUACUGGAGGUAGGAUGGUCUACGACGAUGACUUGAACAUGUCGGCCUUCCAGAAAUACAGACAACAAGAAAGAGAGAGACUACUUGCAAUGGGUGCCGAUUGGGACAGUGACAGUGCUCUGAUGUCGCCCGACACUGAUCCUGAACAGCGUGUGUCCGAAGACCUGCCUAAGGGUCUUGGUCUGUCUGGCACAGAAACCGGCUUCUCCUUUCUCAAGCGUAACAGCGAUUCAACCACAAACUCAAUCCCCUCCCAAGAUCCCUCCUCAUCAACAGCCACUUCAAUCGCCUCACAAUCCAUCGGGACCGCCAUCUCCACCCCCGCGACUCUACCUCAGACAUCCCCGAAUCCAACCGGUCCUGGACUCGAACGCUCCGUGACCAAGCGUCGUCUGUACGAGCAAGGUCUCAAUCAACAUAUCCAAGAUCAGCAAGCUUCGACAAUGUCGCGAUUGAAUUCCAUCAACCAAAGGCAACGUGCUCCGACGCUGCCGUCCGCUCUUAACCAUUCUAGAAGUAUUGGAAAUUUGCAGGACCGUCGUGCCUAUAAGCCCUAUGCUCUGCGCGACACCACAAGUCCAGUGCUUAGGAAUGGCAUCGCUCCUCUCAACACACUGGUCAGCAGAGUGGCAUCAAGCACAUCCAGUCCCACGGUUGCGAGCUACCCACAAUCUCCGAUCAGUCCUGUAAUCCCCGAGACCGAGGAGUAUCAAGUCUUGCACUCAGCUCUUGAACAAAGUGAUCAUGGCAAGGCGACCGCUCUAGGCAUGUUCAACAAGCCAGCUCAACAGUUUGAUGAGCAGCAGUAUCUCAAGCGACAGAUGCAGAUGGGCCAGGCGAAGAGCGAGUCUCCGAUCGACACUCCCGUCAAAUUGUCCCCAGUCAGUCAUACAGAGACAGCCAGACAGGCGUCGGCAGAGCAGCCUCCUCUGAGCAAGUUUAUGUCAAGAGAGGGCGCCAUGUCAAGACAAGCCUCAGCAGAGCACACUACUCAAGAAUCUCGACUGGCUCGUUUCGACUCCGCUAGACAAAACAACUUCUCUCGAGCUUCUCAACGAUCACGCUCUCGCUCUGUCUCAAGACCCACAGUGGCGGCUGUAGAGCCACCAGCUAACCCCGCCCUUGCUGUGUUCCAGCGGGCUGCUAUGCAAAACCGUGUUGCUCAUGGAGACUCACCAGAACAGGCAGCAAUCGCAACUUUCGACACUAAUCACAAUAACAAUAAUACCAACCGCACCUUUUUCGGCGACAGCGAUGACGAAGAUGAGAUUGAAGAGAGGUCUGACUACGCAGGCCCGAUCCCUCCUGCUGGUCGCUACGGAAGUAAUACUCAGCCACCUGCGUCGCAACACCCUGCCCUCCGGGACGAUUACAUUCCCGAGGUAGACGAGGAAGAAGAGGAAGAGCGCACAGGCUUCCCUUUCCCGGAGCCUUCCAUUAACAUCGCACACACCGAGGCGGGCGCUGAAGAGCGUGCAGAGAUUGACUCCCCGACCAUCGGCGCGCACGAGGGUAUUGGUGGCAUGAUCAGCCAGCAUCUGCGCAACACGAGUGAUGUCUCUUCCAUCUACCCACCUACUGCACCUUACGCCGAUGGUGCCUCAACCAUCAGCCGAAACACUUACCUCUCAGACCGCCGUCUAUCUGGCAACUCGAGUGCCUGGAACCUCGAUGAGCUCGACAACUACUACGGAAACAUUCCUUCUCGAAUUUCAACCAAUUCUGCAACCACUACUUCACAGGGACAAGGACUCACCCCUUUGCCUUUGAAGACCAGCGGCACAUCUUCGCGACCAUCGACUUCUGACGACAACGUCGAAGGCGCUUCAUGGCAGCCGCAACAUACUCGCGACGCAAGUACUGCCACCCAAGCAGAACGUGAAGCAUUUGCGAAUGAGCUAGAGGCUCGCAAGAAGGCCAUUCAAGAAAAGAUGAGAAGCAUCGUGGAAAGUGACAGCCGUGGAUCUAGUCCAGGUCCUAGCGCCAGUGGUGCGCUCAAGGCGUUUGGCAUGCUCAAGGCCAGACCCAGCCAAGAGACUAUCAACCUCAAGCAUAAUAACGGCUCGAGCAGAAUGCUUGGCCUCGGGCUUCCGACGCCUCAUCCUACCGAACGCAAUCCCAGCUAUGAGGACAAGUUGCCCCAGUCUGCAAAUGCUGGUGCUCAGUGGCCUCUUGGCCCUGGCACUGUGAUGCCCGCUGCUAGACCCCAAGCGGACAGCGAGAUUGGUCGUACACCGCCACAGCAAGCUAGAGAGCGAUCACGCAACCGCUCAGGCUCGGAUGCUUCACGAGCACGAUCACGAAGUCACGGUCAGGCUGAUGUCGGCAUGGCAAUGGCUAGUGGUAUUGAUACGCCCCCUGCUAUACCUGCGCAAAGACCGUCGCCAGAAAUCAAUUCAUACAGAUCAGCCUCGACGGAGCCUAGAGGCCGUCUGAGAAGCAAUAGUAGAGCUGCAGGUCCAGGUCUACAUCCCAGCGCAAGGACACCCAUAGGAUCAUCGCCUUCUCAGUCACCAGCAAGCUUCAACUCUGUCAUGUCUCCACCUCUUGGCACGAGUACCACAGUGUCGAGAGCACCAUAUCAGAAGCCGAACGUACCGGUCAUGCCGUCGAUACCACUUGGAAAGCCCAGAGGUGAGCUGUUGCGCAAGAAGACCAUCAACAAGUUCGACAUCUCUGAGCCGACGCUUGUGUCAUCUACAUCCAACAUCGAUACUGUCGACUUGCCUCCCGGUGCAUCACUCAAGAACGGCAUGGAUGAGAUCUAUGCUGUUGAGCAGGCAGCAGUGGUUUCUCGCCGCCGCAAGCUGUUUGGAUUUGGUAGAGAGGGAUCAGCCGAAUCGUCCAGGGAAAGAGGUACGGAUGGUGUUACAUCCCCACCAUUGAACGGCUUCACCUCGCCACCGAUGAGGUCAAUCGUGCCAUCCUUCGGAUCACAAGAGCAUGCAGGUUCACGCAAACCUUCUGCUGAGACUAGCAGCGCUCGUCACCAACCACUCCGCACGCAGCAGAGCUUCGAGACUAGCCACACCACACAGACGACGCAGACUACAGAGAGCAGUGCUCGCUUCGAUGCCAUCGGCUCACCAGUACUCAAUGAGGCUGGCAUGUUUUGAACGUUUCGCCUCGAAACACAUACACAAGCCUCCCCCACUUAUCUCUCACUGAUAACCAAAUCGAGAGAGGGGGAAGAAGGCAUACUUUUUCUCUUCUGU